AUGUCAACAAUUGAAUUUAAAAGAUUCUUUAGAGAUCUCUCUACUAAAGAUAAGACUCUAAUUGCAAUAGGGACAGCAUCAUCAGUAUUAACAGGAAUAUUACUUCCGAUGUUCGCCUUUCUUACGGGUGAUUUGGCUAAUACUUUCGAUCCCAACUAUCCAAGAGAUAAGCAUGAAGAAGCCAUCACUACUCUUGGAUUUAGAAUGGGCUUACUUGGAUUCGCGGUUUGGAUAUUCGGCUAUAUUUUCUUUGGAUUUUGGCAACAUACUGCUGAAAAUAUUAUUUUCAAGUUAAGAUCAUAGUACUUGAAUUGUUUGCUGAGAUUGGACAUCUAAGAGCUGGAAAAUAUGAGUAUUGAAUAGCUCCCUUCUCAGUUAGGUGAAAAUUUCAAUAUUAUUCAGGAGUCUUUAGGACAAAGAUUUUCAUUAAUUGUAUUUUCAAUCACUAACAUUCUUGCUGGAAUAGUUGUAGCUUUUAUUUUUGGGCCUGAUAUAACUGCAAUAUUUCUAGUGAUUUUUCCAAUACUUCUAGUGAUUGUGUUUGCCAUUGGAGCUAGAGUCCAGAAAUUUUCAAUAAAAAAAUAGUCACUUCUAUAACAAAUGGGAGGAGUUGUUGAAGAAUCCCUGAUGUCUAUAAAACUUAUUACUUCUUUCUCAUAGGAGGAAAAAGAAAUAUAAAAGUUUGAGAAACUUGUGGAUUAAGCUAAAUAAAUUUCAGAUAAGUCAGAACAUUGGAUAGCCGCUUUUAUAGGUUUUUUGAAAUUUGUACUCUUCUGGUUUUACGCAUUCGAAACUUAUUUAGGCACUUUUUUCAUUUAAUAUAAUCUCACUAAUCCAAGCUCCCAUAAAGACUAUAUUGCUGGAGAUGUUAUCACUGUAGUUAUGUCAUUCAUUUAUAGCACUGGCAUGAUAUUCAAUAUCAUUCCUAAUAUUUAAUCAAUAAUCAAAGCGAAAGUGGCUGGAAAAUAAAUUUUUGAAAUUAUUGAUCGUGAACAAAAUAAUCAUGCUGCACCAGAAUUGAAAAUUUAAAACUUUGAGGUGAGCGAAAGUAUAAUCUUUGAUAAAGUUACGUUUAAGUAUUAGAAAGCAAAUAAAGAAGCACUAAAGGAUGCUUCAUUUACAAUUAAGGCAAAUAAAUCUACGGCAAUAGUAGGGAACUCCGGUUGUGGGAAAACAACCAUUAUAUAAUUAAUAGAAAGAUUUUAUGAGCCAAAUGAAGGAAAAAUUUACUUCGAUAAACUAAAUAUAUAUGAUAUAGACUUGAGAAAUUUGCGAGAGUCUAUCGGCUUAGUUUAAUAAGAGCCGGUAUUGAUUAUGGGAACCAUAAGAGAUAACAUUCUGUUGGGAAACAAGGAUGCAUCCUUAGAUUAGAUUAAAGAAGCAAUUAAAGUUGCGAAUGCAGAAUUCAUCUACGAAUUCGAGAAUUCUCUCGAUACCUAUGUUGGGUCAUCGAAUAUUCUUAAUCUUUCUGGAGGUUAGAAAUAAAGAAUUGCUAUUGCAAGGGCGCUAAUAAAAAAUCCAAAGAUAUUGAUUUUAGAUGAGGCUACAAGCGCUCUUGAUCCUAAAAGUGAAAAAGAUGUCUAAAAAGCAUUGUUAAAUAUUUAAAGAUCAAACCAAUAACUUACGAUUAUCGUAAUUGCUCAUAGAAUUCAAACAAUCUUGUCUGCGGAUAAUCUAAUUUACUUAGAUAAAGACUAUAAAAUUGUUUAAGCCUCUAAAAAUACAGAUCAAUAUCACCAACUAGUUAAGAUAUUAGAAGAAAAUUGUCAAUGGGAUGAGAAUAGUUAGGAUCCAUAGUUAGGAUCUGAAAAAUAAAUUAAAUUUAAAUCUCCAGAACAAAGAGUUUAAGAACUUAAUGAAUCUAUUAUUGAUGAAGAGUUAGAUGAUUAAAUUGAGAAAGAGGUAAAAGACUUUUAGCUAAUCUCUAUGAAUGAUCAGACAGUCAAACUAAAUUCUUCGGAUUAAGACAUGAGCUAAAAGGAGUAUGGAAUGAAGGAUAUAAUGAAAUAUUACAAGCCGAAUUCAAAAAUUUUCUUAGCCUUCAUUGCAACGUUUUUGAACGCUUUUUCUUAUCCUGUUUAUGGGUACAUCUUUGCUAAAGUAAUAUUUGUAAUGAUUGGCAAAUCACUCCCUACUUUUAUUGAAGAUAGAAAUUUUUGGUGCGGGAGCUAUAUGGCUGUAACUUUCGGCAUUGGUUUGUUUGAAUAUUUCAAAGGAUCUCUUUAUUCUGCUCUGAGUGAAAAUCUGACUAGUACUUUAAGAAAAGGUCUUUUUAACUCCAUGAUAAAAAAGAAUAUAGAGUGGUUUGACAAGAAAGAAAGAGCUCCAGGCAUCCUAAGUAGCUUGUACUUAGAGGAUAUCUCUCACAUAAAGGGCCUUACUAGCUAAACUUAAGGGUUAGUUCUUGAGGCAAUUCUAUGUCUUAUCAUUGGUAUUACAUUAGCCUUUAUAAGCUCUUGGAAAAUCGCAUUAGUUACUCUUUCUAUCUCCCCUCUUCUAAUUCUCGGGGGUGUGGCUGAGUAAAUGAUCGUCUGGGGUUCAUUCAAAAAGUCAGCCAAAUAAGUCAAGGGAAAAGAAGAGGAAAUUGACCCAUAUGAUAGAGCAAACGCAUUACUCUCAGACAUUAUUAUCAAUUAUAAGACUGUCAUUGGACUUGGACAAAAGAAUGUAGAGUUUCUAGUUUAGAAGUAUCAAGAUUUAUUAGAGGAACCAAGAAGAAAUGGAAUAAGAUAAGCACACAUUUCAGGUAUUAUCUAUGGAUAUUCCUAGAGUAUUAGAUUACUAUUUCUUGGAUUAAUUUUCUAUAUUGCUACAAUAUUUCUCUUUCAUCACAAUGAUGACGCACAAGAUACCUUUGUUAGCAUUUAUACACUUUUUAUGUCAGCUAUGUAAACAGGUUCAUUAUUCUCCUAAGUACCUUCAAUUUCCAAAUCAAAGCAAGCUGCUAAUAAAAUUCUAUCUAUCAUUGAGAGUAAGACUGCUGACGAAAGCUUAUAGGAACAAAAAUCAAAGAGCGAUCAACUAAAACAUAGAAUACUAAAGGGAGAAAUUGAAUUUAAAAAUGUGAGCUUUAAAUACCCAUCAAGAGAAAAAAUAGUUUUGAAUAGCUUUUCUUUGCAAAUACCUCUAGGACGUAAGGUAGCUCUAGUAGGGCAUUCAGGCUCUGGUAAAAGCACUAUUACCAGCCUUUUACUUAGGCUUUAUGAUUUUGAGCAAGGACAAAUUCUUAUUGAUGGUGUGAAUCUGAAAGAUUUUGAUGUUAAAUCAUUGAGAAAUUCAAUCGGCUAUGUAAUGCAAGAGCCAUUACUUUUCAAUAUGUCUAUCAAGGAAAACAUUAUCUAUGGAAAUGAUAAGGCAUCAGAUGAAAAAAUAAGAGAAGUUGCUGAGUUAGCUAAUGCUCUAGAAUUCAUUGAAAAUUUUGAAGACAGUAUAGAAGGAGAUCAUACUAAAUAUCCUUAAAAAAUUCAAAAGAUUAAAACUAUUCUCAACAGUUUGUAGCAAACUAAUUAAGACUGCAAAUAGAUUUUAGAGAAAAGAUCAAAUGAUAUAGAAAACCAAUUAGAGAGUAUCAUAAAAAGUUAAGAAGCCCUGGGAACAAAAGAAAUAAUACAAGAACUUCUUUGGAAUUCAGAACAAGAAAACAUUAAGGAGUAUCUUAGCAGUGAAAAGAACUUUAUUCAGUAUUAGGAAGUUAUGUUAAAAGCUUUUAAGACAUUCAAAAAGAUGUUUGAUCUCAGUACUGUAGUUGACUUUGUAAAUAGAGCAAAUUCUCAAGCUAAGUUUGAAGACUUUAUUGCAAAAAAUUAAGAAAGAAUAAGAAUUAGAAAUGAGGCAAUUCUAUCCUCUUUAGAUCAAUUAAUGUAAAAUGAUCACUUCAAAAUAAAUACAGAAAUGCUACUUAAGAGUGACAAACUUCAUCCAGGCUUUAAUAAGAUUUGUGGUUUAAAAGGAUCGAUGCUUUCAGGCGGCUAAAAGCAAAGAAUAGCUAUUGCUAGAGCAUUGAUUAAAGACCCAAAGAUUUUGAUACUAGAUGAAGCUACCUCUGCUCUUGAUGAAUAAUCAUAAGAAUUAGUUAACAAUGCUCUUGAAAAGGCUAUGGUCGGAAGAACAUCUAUAGUUAUCGCACAUAGAUUGAGCACAAUAAAAAACUGUGAUUGGAUUUGUGUUUUGCAUAAUGGUCAAGUAGUGGAAUAAGGAAUAUUCUAGAAGCUAUCAGAGGAUGAAAAGUCUUAUUUUUAUAAACUAAAAUCUGGCAUGGAGAUGUGA